AGACGCAAAUAACAAGAGGAAAGAUGGCGACGAGAAGAUUCGGCUGCUAGAGAGCAGUUGGAUAAGCAGCGUAACGAAGAACUGGAGAAACUUAAACGGGAGAACGACGACCUCGUAAGAAUGGCCACUAGGAGAGCCGGCAAGGAGCUGGACUCAAUUAAGGCCACAAAUCAGGCUCUGCUGCAUGAUGUCCUCGCACUGAGAGACGAGAUGGAGCACCUGAAACGCGGCAGCAAACGAGGUGUGGAGGCAGUAACAGAGAAAACUCCUCCGGCGGAACCAGCGCGUGGAAAAUCACGACAAGAGAAAUCGUGCCAAACACCUGUUGAAUGGGCCAAAAUGGCGGACGCGUAUAGACGGCUGCGUGAUGAGAAGGACAUGGCCGAGAGGGAAGUGUCCGUGCUCGAGGAACAAAUCAAUCGGAUCAAGAUUCUGUCUCCCUCGAGUUCGAAGAAGAAGAAGUUGUUUGUGCGAAGAAGGAGCAGUAAAGAAGGUAUCAGUCCGACCAAGAAGACGGCGGACCAGGUGAAGGUCACAUUUGUAAGGAAGAUCGGAGAAGAGAAGGAGGUUUUCAACAAAAGGGUCAGCUGUGAUCUAGCGAAGUUAAGGAAAGCGCAAUUGGAGACGCUUUGCGCUGAUAAAGCGAUCGAGUACGCGGGUGUGAAGAAGACGGCUGGCGACUUGGCUGAUAUUUACACGGCCAGAGCGUACGGCCAACCUGUGAACAGAUGUUUGGCUAGUGACAAUGAGGACGACGAGCAGAACGAUGAAGGCGACGAUGAUUCAACGGAUGUCCCAGCCACGUCCACGGAGGUACCGGCAGCGUCGGAGACUUCGUAAGUUCGGCUCCGAGCGCCGGUCGUAUCUAUUCUCUUCUUACGUCUCUCCGAGAUCGAAGACGUUCUAGUAGUGGUUCGUGUUUGCAUGCUCUGAACAGUC